AUGGCACCUGAGCUGACAUUGGAUAACUUGUUAUCUGCUUUAGAUGCAGCAAGUUCCCAAACGGAUACUGCUACACGCGAGUCUGGCGAGAAGCUGCUCCAGGAAUUGCAGACCGCUCCAGGCUAUUAUGCGGCCUUGCAAAAUGUGUACAUAGACAGGGCCCAUGAUCAGUCAAGGCGUUGGCUGAGCAUAAUUCUAUUAAAAAAUGGUACUCAAACACAUUGGAGAAAAACAGCGAAAGAUCAUAUUAGUGAUGCCGAGAAAUCUGAAAUACGUAAUAGACUUUUCAUCAAUCUUUCGGAGCCGAACAGACAGCUUUUGAUGCAGAAUGCUACGACAGUUUCACAGAUCGCGAGGAUUGACUUUCCUCGAGAGUGGCCAGACUUAUUUGACCAACUUAGCAGCAUAUUAAUGGAAGCGAUUAAUGAACAAAAUCUGGUUAAGCUUUAUAACACUUUAUACAUUCUCAAUCAAGUAUUGAAAGUACUCGCAUCUGUGAAAUUUGGUAGAAGUAAGCCAGCCAUGCAAGAGCGAGCAACGGAUUUGCUCAGAAAAGUAUCGCCAAUUUAUAUCUCACUUGUUAAUGAGUGGAAGGCAUCACCUAGAGAAUUUGAUAUAGCUAAAAUGGAAGUCAGUUACCUAGCAUUGAAAGUAUUAAGUCGAUUGAUGUAUGACGGACAUGAUUAUAUUAACCGGACAGAAGAUACAGUAUCAUUCUUCGGCACCGCUCAGGAACAUUUAAGAUUGUUCCUCGAGUUAUACGACUCACCAUCACAUCAAUUAUUUAAUGAAUUGUUAGCUAAGCUUAUUAAACAAUUGGGAAAAUUAUUUUUACGAUUGUACGACAAACAAGCUUCCUCAUUUGUUCUGGCUGACAAGUCUGCUCAAGUUUUGGAGAUCUAUUUAUCUGUGAUCAUUUCUAAGGCACCUUUCUUAUAUCGACCUCAAGCUGACGAUGAUAAUGAUGAUGGAAGUUCGAAAGAGAUGUAUGAGAGAGUUGUCGUACAGGGUCUCGAACUACUACAGGGAAUGAUCAAGAUAGCAGAUAAAUCACCUGCGACAAGCGUUCGUGGGAGAACUGAGCAGGACAGAUUCGAAGCUAACGAAGCUCGAACUCUGCUGAAAUCUCAUAUUUUAACGAAAGACCUCCUUUCUAAUUUGUUGGAUACAGUUCUCCGUUGGUAUUUCAGAUUAAGCUACACGGAUCUUGAAAAUUGGUCGUCUGACCCGGAAGAAUUCUUUAUUGAUGAAUCUGAAAUGGUAGUUUCUCCAACGAAAAUUAGGCCGAUUGCAGUUGGACUUUACCAGACAAUGCUGAUGGCAUACAAAGAUGAUUUAACUGGUCAAGUGCUGCAUUUUAUAGAGCGCACUUUGACUAUUGAAGAUGAUAGUCUAGAUGCAGUUUUAAUUAAAGACACUGCACUACAGGCGUUUGAAAAUGGUAGUGGCAGUUUCGGAGACGUGUGUGAUUUUGUAUCGAUGUUCAGGACAAUAUUAGCACCACAAGCCCUUGUGACCUCACCGGACCAGUACAGGAUUAUCCGGAGAAGACUAUGUCUAGUUUUCCCAGAAUGGAUUUAUCUGAUAACCGACCAGGGAAUACUUGUGGAUGUAUACAAGAUAUUGUCAGGAUUUCUGGACAAGAGUAAUCCUUUAAAUGAUUUGGUUGUACGUCUUUAUGCGAUUCAAUCUUUGCGAUAUUGUGUGGAUAAUUACGAGUUCAAACCUGAUUCUUUUGCCCCUUUUACUGAAGAAGUGUUUACGGCCAUAUUUGAACUUUGUGGAAUUCUGGAGCAUAUAGAGGCUAAGAAUAUUCUUCUCAGUGCCUUGUCAGUCAUGUUUGAUCAAUUAGGAUCGGUUGUCGUGCCUUACAUAGAUGGAGUUUUGCGGCUUCUACCCCCACUCUGGGAGGACUCAACUGAUAACUAUAUCAUUAAUGGAGUCAUUCUUCAGACUCUAACAAAUAUUAUUGCUGCUGCCAAGGAGAAAUCUACAAGCUGUUAUCCAAUGGCAAUACCAGCUAUUCGUGCUUCAAUAGACCCCUCAAGCCCACUAAACGCAUAUUUGUUGGAAGAUGCUUUGCCACUUUGGAAAGCUCUAUUAGAAAAUGCUGGAGAACCAAGUAAUGAAUUGUUUUCUUUAUUACCAGAUCUGUUAACAUCCUUAGAAAAGGGGGAAGAAUUUGCCUCUGUUUUGGAUAUACUUAGGAGUUAUAUAAUUCUGGCUCCACAAACUGUGCUUACAAAUGAAUUCAACUCCAAGCUAUGCUCAAUUUUUGCUUCAUAUAUCUCAGCCAUUGAUCAGAACUCAUUUACAAAACUUAUUGAAAUAGUAGGACUGAUUUCUUUGGUAUUACCGCUGGUGGAUUACGUCCGGCCAUUUUUCGACACACAUCUGUUCGCAGAUAUUCUCAAGGUUCUGUUCGAUGAUGGGGUGGUUACCAUGAUCACGGUGACUCAAAUUUUAAGCGUAUUUUCGAGAAUGGCAUUUCAAAAUUCAUCGCUAUUUUUGGAACUAAUUGAUUCCACUGGCGAAAGUGAUAAAAUACUCAAUUUAUGGAUUACAAAGUUCGACCACAUGGGACAUCCGCGUGAUCGUAAGCUGAAUGGGCUAGGACUUGCUUCUUUGGCAUCCACUGGUAAUCCGAUGGUUCUUUCCAAGUUACCGCAAUUGGUUGAUAUAUGGAGUCAACUUUUAGAUGAGGUUAACGAAGUAGGUGGAGAUUCAGAAGCGUACUACGGUGCGUUUGAAUACGUUCAUCCUGGUGAUGAGCCUUCUCCAGAACAGAAACGUUUAAAGCUACUUUCAUCAUCUAGGGAUCCUGUCCACAGUAUUUCAGCACUUGACGCCAUAAAAUCAACACUACACAGGUUGAGUGACUUACCACCAGAGCAUCGUUUAUACAUCGAGGCAAUGGAUGCAAAAGUCCUGGCAGCUAUAAACUCCAUUCUAGAGCGUUGA